UAAGAAGAAUUUGAUAAGUCACGUGACCUAGGGCACCUGAGAUUUAGAGAACGCCUUUUCAGUGAUUGUGUUGGAAUUUUUUAGUUUUGCAAAAGUGAAACGUCAGUCUGUGCAUAUUAGUACUGCUGUUCUUUUCUUCGCAUGGUCUUUUUUGCCUUCGAUGAGCAUUCAUUGGCUUUGAAGAUUGAAAAAUCGUAGACUUCCCACAGGGCCGGAUAUUGCUUGAGAGAGAGAGAGAGAGAGCUGGUGCAGCAUUAGUACAGCACUGAGGGAAGCCAGGAAAGCAGCCCCAAUGUGUUAGAACAGACUUCCCCAGUCCGCACUAUGAGAGAGGAAGAGAUCGAGACUGCCAUUAAAGUGGUGGUGGUGGGCAAUGGAGCAGUGGGAAAGUCCAGCAUGAUUCAGAGAUAUUGCAAAGGAAUAUUUACCAAGGAUUACAAGAAAACGAUAGGCGUGGAUUUCUUAGAAAGGCAGAUAGAAAUAAACUGUGAAGAUGUCCGGUUAAUGUUGUGGGAUACUGCUGGGCAAGAAGAGUUUGAUGCAAUCACAAAAGCUUACUACAGAGGUGCACAAGCAUGUGUUCUAGCAUUCUCAAGUACAGACAGAGAUUCUUUCGAUGCAAUACAAAGUUGGAAGAAAAAGGUGGAAGAUGAAGUAGGGGAACUUGCAAUGGUUUUAGUCCAGAAUAAAAUAGAUUUAGAGGAUGAAGCAGUAGUACAACAAGAGGAAGGAGAAGAGCUAGCCAAACAAUUAAAACUACGAUUUUACAGGACGUCGGUGAAGGAUAAUGUCAAUGUGGAUGAAGUUUUUAAAUACCUAGCAGAAAAGUACCUGCAAGAAAUCAACACAGUUGUAGAAGAGGAGAUUAGUCCACAAAAAAUAGGAGGGCCAAGUUUCUUUACAACACAAACAAAUUCCACAACAAAUGGGAAAAAUAGUGAAAAAGAGAAAGAUGGGGGGACAAUCACUCUUCAUCCUUCAAAAAGACGCACGCAAGGAAAGAAAAACAAUUUCAAGUGUACAUUAUUGUAGAUGUGCUACCUGUCAGAGAGAAUGCUGUAGAUGUGCUACUGUCAGAGAGAAUACUGUAGAUGUGACAGCUCUCUGCAACUGCAGCAAUGUGCAGUUUCAGCGCCACUGCAAAUUGUGUGUAAUAAAAGCUGCUUCUGAUAGAUCAUGUUCAAAGCUGACAGUCCAGAUGCCAGUUUAAUCCUUGAUAAAGUGCGCUUUUGGUGGAAGGUGCUGCUACUUGUGGAUAAAGUAUAAAUAUGCAGAUGUAUUAAAUGCCUCAGCAACAUUCCUUUGGCCCUACAGGGGAUUGCUGCAUACGUCUCUCCCCUAGUUCAAAAAGAAAUGUUUGCCAUUCUAAGGACCAAUGUGCCCAUUCAAAGAAUUUCAUAUAAAUAAUUGACUAUAUAUCAUUAUUUCAAGCAAGUGGAUGGUGAUAGGGUGACUAUUUUCAGCCAGACUAUCAUAUUAUCAUGUUUUUAAGAUGACCCACAGAACCACUGAAUAGCAACUUUUGAUUGAAGUGGCAUCGGUGAAUGUCCAUUGCUCAGAAACAUUAUUUUUGCAAACUGGGCACGUCUGAUACUCAAUAUUUGCUGUAGAAGUACUUAGUUUGUGCGCAUUGCUCAAGUCACAAGUGGAGACAUUGCAUUCAUAAAUUAAACUGUUGUCAUUGAUGUUCAAAUUUGAAUUGGACACUUUAUGUCAGUUUUAUAAUAUGAAAAAAUGAGAAUCAUCAGGUGAGUAUAGGAUUUCUUUAUUUUCAAUUCAAGAUAUAAUUAUAUUCAAUUGCUAUGAAUUAUUAAGGCAAACACGUAAUCUUUUAUUGGGCUGCUUCUCUAGAUUCCCAAUAUGUUAGUUGCAAAUCUAGCAUUAUAUUGAAAUCCAGCUUCAUAUGUAUUUUUAUAUGAAUUGUAUUAUAUACAAAUAAGUCUGAUAAUCUCAGUUGUAUGCACAGAAUGCAUGCCGUCCAGUAUACACCAAGAAGUAUAAAACAUACAUUAUAAUGUUGUACUCUAUUAUACUGUUAUAUAUAUAUUAUAUACAAUAUUGAAAGAAGCAGGAAUGGUUAGCUAGCAUCUGACCAGUGGAGUGAGACAUUCAAAGAAGAUACAGGCCCUCAAGUAUCAUUUUAAAAAGUGUGAUGAUCAUUAUGAAUUAUAAGAACAUUUCCCAUAUUGGUUGUGAAUGUCUCGAUUGGAUUUUUUGAUAACAUAUCUGAAAUCUGGUGGUAAAUACCUGAACCAGCAUUUUGUUCCCUCUGACUGGCUGUGAGAUUAAGAAUUGAAUGAAAUUAUAGGUUGUGUAUAUAUAUAGCUGAAGAAAUCGAGGUAAAAGAGAGAGAAACUUAGAUUAUAUAUUAUUUGAAGGUUUAAGGGUGAUGCUUGCAAACAGUUAUAUUGCUUACAAUAUACAUGUACCUUCAAGGCACAAGAAUGAUUUUCACAAUUUAAAAGAAAAUAUUCACAGUACAGGAUAACAUGCUUGUAUACUAGGGCCCAACGUGUAAAAUCACACAUGAAAUUAUGUCUGAACUGUUUGCUUGAUCUGCACAGGUCAUAGUAUGUAUUAGGAUUAAAAACAUGCUUUGCACACCUGUUUUUAUCAUAACCCCAGUAAAUUUUUAGCCAUCAGUAGCAUAAUAGAAUUAUCACACCAGAUUUUGCUUCCAGCACAUACCAGGCGGAUUAUUAUUAUUAUUUUACACUGAUUGAUAGGUCACUUCAUUGUUUCUUCUACUCAUUCCAACUUUCUAACAGAGGGGCCUUGACUUUGCACAACCCAAGAAAUUUAUAUAUUCGUAUACAUUGCCUUAUUUCAGUUAGUGUGGAGGUUGUGCCAAAAUUAUGAAGGGACCAUCAGUAGAAUUAGAAUGUGUUAAAACUAUGUGCCUCCCAAAACCAUAGUUAUUACAUGUAGAACUCAUUCACAUAUACCAAGGGUCCAUAGACUGUGAAACCUCAUUCUAUACAAUGUACAAUCAAAAUAAAUGGUUUUUAACUAUGAAA